GUUAACAGUGCGUUUCGUUUUCGAGACACCGUUUUUAAUAAUAAAUAGUGUGACUUUCAGUGUUACACGCGUUUUAUUUUCGAGUGCGAAGUUAAACACGAUUUAAAGAGUGUUUUUUUUAAAUCGUUAUUGAAAUCAUAUUGCGUUAUUAAAGUGUUCAUAUAAAACACAUUUAGAUUUCAGUUUCGUAUUAAUUGUGCGUGAAUAAAUCGACGGUUAACGAAAUGAGUGGAAAAACCGCGAUCGGUAUCGAUUUGGGCACCACCUAUUCCUGUGUGGGUGUCUGGCAACACGGAAAAGUAGAAAUCAUCGCUAAUGAUCAAGGUAACAGGACCACACCGAGUUAUGUAGCGUUUACCGACACCGAAAGGUUGAUCGGCGACGGGGCCAAAAACCAGGUUGCGAUGAAUCCCGUCAAUACGGUGUUCGAUGCCAAACGUUUGAUCGGCCGUCGUUUUGACGACGAUAAGACACAGACAGACAUCAAGCAUUGGCCAUUCAAAGUUAUUAACGACGGUGGAAAACCCAAGAUCCAAGUGGAAUUCAAAGGUGAGCGUAAAGUGUUCGCGCCGGAGGAAAUCAGUUCGAUGGUAUUGACAAAAAUGAAGGAGAUCGCGGAAGCGUACUUGGGCCGUAACGUGACGGACGCUGUCAUCACGGUGCCAGCGUACUUCAACGAUUCGCAGAGACAGGCGACAAAGGACGCCGGCGCCAUAGCCGGUCUGAACGUAAUGCGGAUAAUCAACGAACCAACGGCCGCAGCCCUGGCGUACGGUCUAGACAAGAACUUGAAAGGAGAGAGGAACGUGUUGAUAUUCGACCUGGGCGGUGGCACCUUCGACGUUUCAGUCUUACAGAUCGACGAGGGUUCGAUAUUCGAGGUUAAGUCCACUGCUGGCGACACACACUUGGGCGGCGAAGAUUUCGACAACCGGCUGGUAUCGCAUUUGGCCGACGAGUUCAAGAGGAAAACCAAAAAGGACGUGCGCGCCAAUCCGAAGGCAUUGAGACGGUUGAGAACGGCCGCCGAACGGGCCAAGAGAACGUUGUCGUCCAGCUCGGAGGCCACCUUGGAGAUUGACGCGUUGGUAGACGGUAUCGAUUUCUAUACACGAGUGUCCCGGGCCCGUUUCGAGGAGCUAUGUGCCGAUCUAUUCCGGUCGACCUUACAACCGGUGGAGAAGGCGUUGGCAGAUGCCAAGUUGGACAAAGGAGACAUACAGGAUGUGGUGCUCGUGGGUGGUUCGACAAGAAUCCCGAAGAUCCAGAAUCUCUUGCAAAACUUCUUCUGUGGUAAGCCACUUAACCUGUCCAUCAACCCCGACGAAGCAGUAGCUUACGGCGCUGCGGUGCAGGCGGCCAUCCUUAGCGGUGACACGAGUUCAGCGAUUCAAGACGUAUUACUCGUGGACGUCACCCCGUUAUCGCUUGGCAUCGAGACCGCAGGCGGCGUUAUGACCAAAAUCAUCGAACGCAACUCUACCAUUCCAUGCAAACAAACCCAGACGUUCACCACAUACGCGGACAACCAACCGGCCGUCACCGUGCAGGUGUUCGAAGGGGAAAGGGCUUUGACUAAGGACAACAAUUUACUGGGAACGUUUGACCUAACAGGUAUACCUCCGGCGCCCAGAGGUGUACCCAAGAUCGAAGUGACUUUCGAUAUGGACGCCAACGGCAUUUUGAACGUUUCGGCCAAGGAUAAUAGCUCUGGGCGUUCGAAGAACAUCGUCAUAAAAAAUGACAAGGGACGUCUGUCUCAAGCCGAAAUCGAUCGUAUGCUCAGCGAGGCCGAACGGUAUAAAGAAGAGGACGAACGACAGAAGGCGAAAAUUGCGGCCAGAAAUCAGUUAGAGAGCUAUGUGUUUGGUGUUAAACAGGCGUUGGAUGAGGCUGGCGACAAGUUGACGGAAUCUGAGAAGAACACCGGCAGAAAGGAAUGCGACGCGGUCAUCGAUUGGUUGGAUAGAAAUCAGUUGGCGGACAAAGACGAGUACGAAUUCAAGUUAAAAGAAAUUCAAAACAGUUGCUCGACUCUGAUGUUGAAGAUACACGGCGCAGGACAAGCCGGAGGAGCUAACGUGCCUCCCGGUGCUAAUGGUUUCGCUGGAGGAAGAGGACCUACCGUUGAAGAAGUCGAUUAAUUAUUCUGCUACAGUGCCAUCGGAUCUUAGUAAAUACUAUUUUGAAUUGUAUCCUACAUUAUGAUUCCUACUAUUUAUAGAAUUCACAGUAGAUUUAAGUUUAAGUUAACCUUUCUUUUUUGUAUUUCAUAAUUUAUUAUGUU